GAUGAAUUCGUGUUGUGCGUGCCUUGCUGCUGCGCUUGUCACUCAUUCGCUGUGCUGCUCGGAGCGCAUUCUGUGUCAACGGCUGAGGACCAAUUCAUGAUUUUACAUCAACCUUAAACAGGGACAAAGCAUCGUAGUCAUUUAGAUAAUAACUGAACCAACUCUCUCUACCUAUUCUACACGGAGCAUACCUUUGGAAGCGAUUGCAAUGCUUCAGAUAAGGGAUCUCAUUUGGACAUUGCUUUUCUUUGGUUAUGCAGCUGCCUUGCAAGUGGAAAUCACUCCGGCCCAGGGAGAGGUCAGCGUGGGAGAGUCCAAAUUCUUUUUGUGUGAAGUUGUUGGAGAUGCUAAGGAAAUAGACUGGUUUGCACCCAAUGGCGAGAAGCUCCUGCCAGGCAGACCAGACAUCAGUGUUAGCAAGAAUGAUGAGUCCUCGUCGACACUCACAAUCUACAAUGCCAACGUCGACCAUGCAGGCAUGUACAAGUGUGUGGCGAAAAGCGGGGAAAAGGAAUCUGAGGGCACUGUCAUCGUCAAAAUAUUCCAGAAACUCACUUUCCAAAAUGCUCCAUCGCCUCAAGAGUUCAACGAGGGCGAUGAAGCUGACAUCAUCUGUGAUGUCAUCAGCUCGCCGCCCCCGGCUAUCAUCUGGAAGUAUAAAAAGACCAGGAUCCAGCCCGAGACUGAUGUCCGUUUCAAGGUCUUAAGCAACAACCACCUCCAGAUCCGCGGCAUCAAAAAGACAGAUGAGGGUGACUACACCUGCGAGGGCCGCAUCAUGGCCCGGGGAGAAAUCGACCUCAGGGUCAUCAAGGUCAUUGUCAAUGUUUUGCCAAGUAUCAGGACCCGCUACACUGAGCUUAAUGCCACUGCUGACAUCAACCAGGCCGUGAUGUUGGCCUGUUACGCAGAUGGCUACCCAGAACCCACUGUUACAUGGGCACGAGCUAAUAUCGUGCUGGAAUCAGAUGGAAAGUACAACCUGAAUGAAGAUGGGUCAGAGUUGACCAUCAAAGACGUCACUAAGCUUGAUGAAGGAGAUUACCAGUGCAUCGCUAGAAACAAGGCUGGAGAGAGGAGUGAGGAAGUCUCACUCAAUGUUUUUGUGCAACCCAAGAUCACGUUCCUAGAAAACCAGACGGCCUCUGAAUUGGAGGAGCAGAUCACAUUAACUUGCGAGGCCACAGGUGACCCCACCCCCAACAUCAUCUGGAGCUUCGGUCGCCGGGUCUUCACCGAGAACGAGCAGGUGCUGAGGUUGAGGGAUCAGUGGUCAGUGGGCAAAACGAUUGGUACUAAAGGCCGGAAAAUAGUGGAUUGAUAUAACGGUAGAAAU